AUGAACCUUGUCAAUGAUGGCUGGGCCGGGCAAAGAGAUUUGGUUUCUCCGUCUUAUUCGCCCCAAAUAACCCCGGACAUCCCUAGUUCUAGUAGCAGCUCUUCUAGCAAUAUCCAGCUCAAGAAAAGGAACAGGAUCUCGUUUGUCUGUCAGAACUGCAGAAAAUCGAAGAUGAAGUGUGAUAGAGAGAAGCCGGAAUGUACAAGGUGUCUCAAACAAGGUAUCAAGUGUGUCUACGACGAGGAGAGGCAACCGAGACCGAGAAUCCCGAAUAAGGAUGCCACGAUUGCGAAGCUCGAGAGAGAUGUCAAGUACUGGCAAACCAAGGCAAUGAAGCUGCUAGGUCAGCAACAGGAUCAGAUCACCAAGAAGAGAACGUUUACGGCAAUGGAGGAGCAAAACGUAUCCACCGAUGUGUUCAAUAAGGUGACUGCGAAGACGCGAAACAUCGAGACUAAUGACGACGAUUCCUUGGACGAUAUCGAAAUUAACCUUUACAAAGAACAUCCAAAGCUGAUAUUCAGUAAAGUUAUGAAACACGAUGUCAAACCACUGUCCGAAAAUUACGUCAUCACUCAGGACAAAUUCAUCGCAUCAUGCAUUGCAUCCGUGUUUAUAUCUCCGGCGCAAAACACAAUGAUACCAGCUCUGACAGCCAACGCAAACAUCGCGAGGGCACAGCCUUCGGUACGCGAUAACGUCCUGAAAUUGAAAAGCGUGCUAAUGGCCGAAUGUACAGAUCCAGAACAGCGUGUACGGAUCGACGACUUCACUGAUAGAAUAUUACAAAACACAAACUCAUCGCGCAAUUUAAAGAUUGGGAUGAUUUUGUCUAUGCUUUACAACACCGUUGGGCGCCAAUUUUUGGAGGAUCGUUGCAGCGGUGAGUACAGCGAGUUGUUGCAAUCUUUCAUUCAGGAGUUCGAAACGAUUCUUCCUCCAUUCGAAGUGAUUCAAAAAUACAAAACCCACUUCUGCGAAUACAUCUUCCCCAACUUGCCCUUCUUGCAAAGGGAGAUGUUCGAAGAGUCCAUUCAAAAAACAUUAUUUCCUGAUCCAGAAAAUCCUACAAAGAUAAAGUUAAACCUAGGGAAUACACAUUUAAGAGAAAAAAUCGAAAACUUGAGCACAUUACUGGUGAUCUUAAAACUAUCAUACAUCUCAUUACGAUACAUUAUCCAUAGUGACGAUGAUCCCCGUACCAAUAGCGGCAACAGUACUUAUGUCACUAACGAAGAAUUGCGUAGAUACCCGAUAACAAACGAUGCCAUACUUCUGGCCCAGAGAUGCUUGGCAUCGGAGAACUGGUGUGCUUGCGCCAACGAAAAUAUCAUAACAUGCCUGUUAUAUAUAUGGUCGUUCUUCGCGUUUUCUCCGGAAGAGGGUGAUCUUUUCUUGGAGCACCCUACAGAUAUCAUAUCCAGUCUCAUCAUGAUGCUUUCCACAUCGAUUGGGUUGCAUAGGGAUCCUGACGAUUUCCCUCAACUAAGAGAUCCAAGUUUAUCGGAUAAGAGAUCACUUAACCAAAGACGGCUCUUGUGGGUUUCGGUGGUUGGUAUUUGCUCUUUUGAGUCUACCCUCAAGGGCCGACACCCAUUGUUGGCAUCUGACUUGAUGUGUUCGUUUCUGAGCACCAGUGCCCCAAAUAGUGUCAAGCAUUAUAUGGAGAAGGUGUCUAGAGAUCUCGUUGGGGAGAAUAAUGAAACCUUGCUGAAAAUCCAUGAAUUCACCGUUAAGAGGGCGGAAUUAUCGUUACUUCUAUCUGACCUUGAUAAUUUGACAAUGUCAUAUAAUAACACCUUCUCGUUAAGGUUUCUAGAGCUUUCAAGAGAAAAGAUUGAAAUAUUCGUGGAAGAAAAUUUCCCCCUCUUAGAAUUGGAUAAAUCCACGAAAAGAAAAGGUAAGGGUUCCAAGUUCCCACAGGAAGAUAUUGCAUCCAAGUUGAAUUUCUUGGCUACUCAGAAUUCGAAUGCUUUGCAAAGCAGAAUUAUUGCCAAACUGAUGUUCUUGCGAGCAUCCGUUGCAGUUUUCCUUCAUUUUGAGGUUAAGGUGCUAGAGGAUGAAAGUUUUUUGCCAUAUUACUACAAGUACUUUAUCCAAACGUGUGUUGACGCUUUAAAUUUAGUGAAAUUCUUCAAUGACUUUUUUGCUGGCAGUUAUUCCGACUUUGUAUAUAAAUCCACGAAUUACAACGUCACAAAGGUUAUUCAGCUGGCUUUGCCAUCGGCAUUGUUUUGCUUGGUUGGGAUGAUAUUAAGAGUAAAUGCUGCCAGCGACUCCGUAUUCGCUGCAUACCAAGGGUACAAUAAGAAGGGUGGUGCAAAUACUAUGCCCGCUGAGAAGUCGGCAGAAUUGAACGCAUAUUUUGAGCGUAUCACCUUUUUGCAAGGUGAAUUGGAAAGCUCGCUCCAAUACAUCUACAUUUUUUCCUCCAAAUACCUCAGAUUCAACUACUUUUCAAUCUUCAAGCUAUUUGCUGUUUUCGAUGUCAUACUGCAGAGAGUGAGUAUCGGUAAAUUGUGGUUGAGUAUCUACAAAAUGGCACAUACCAAAAAUCUGCACUCUCGUAUUGUGAAAAACUUGAGAAUGACGCUAGGUGUUCAACUGGAUAAAGGUGAGGAUCUUGUAAAAGAGUUGAAACAGAGAAACCAUUUGAAUAAAAUGUCUAUAAAUGACCUAACAAAGUUGUGCCAGGAAGUUCACAACAUAUUCGAAACAAUGGCUAAACCUAUGGAGAAGGAGGGUACGUAUAUGAGUUCUAUGUCACCGACAUUUGCCCCUACGGGUGAUAAGCAAAAGGAAAAUAAUAAUUACUCUGCUGGGAACAACGAGAAUGAUGGUGGAGGAAUAUUCUUUGAGAGAAAGUACCCAAACGGCGUCUCUGAUUCGAGAGAAUGCAGAAAUGGGUCUCUUGAAUCUAAAUUUAAAUUGGAAGAAGAGCCUGGGGUGGGCUCGCGCUCUUCUCAAAUGUUCGCACCUUUCAGUUACAUUUCGGCUUUGAAUAACCUACAAAAGCUGUCCUCUGCUGCAACAUUAUCUCAGAAUCUGGAUUUUCAAACCAAAUUAAAAAAAAAUAGAAUGAGACUAAUAUUAUGGACCAUACGAAAAAUAGCUAAACCUAGUGGGCAACCCAUGGAUGUUCAUGAUGUGAGUAACAACGGCAACCUAUCUAGCCAGGGUUUUAAUAAACUGCAUCCUGGUAAUGUACAAAGGCAGGCGUAUUCUGAUAGGGGUCCGCUUGAGAACUUCAGCCAUGGAAACACCAAUUUAGGUGGUAAUAUGGGCAGUAACAGUGUCUUAAACAAUUAUAUGAAGGGUAAUGAAGAAGCUGUGCCAACAGAAUAUUCGGCCUUCUUUGGAGGGCUCGAUCUUUUCGACUAUGACUUCUUUUUUGGUAGCGAUGUUCCUUAA